AUGUCGAUCUUCGAGUACAAUGGAAGUGCCCUAGUUGCUAUGGUAGGUAAGAACUGCUUCGCCAUUGCCAGCGAUCGAAGACUCGGUGUUCAGCUUCAGACCAUAGCCACCGAUUUCCAAAGGAUUUCCAAAAUUCACGAUAAGCUCUUCAUCGGUCUUUCUGGACUCGCCACCGAUUCUCAGACACUGUAUCAGCGAUUCGUUUUUCGUCACAAACUGUAUAAGCUCCGUGAAGAGCGCGAUAUGAAGCCGGAGACAUUUGCUAGCUUAGUGUCUGCUAUUCUUUACGAGAAACGGUUUGGUCCAUACUUUUGUCAGCCUGUAAUUGCUGGACUAGGGGAUGAUGACAAACCAUUCAUUUGCACAAUGGAUGCAAUUGGAGCAAAGGAGCUUGCAAAAGAUUUUGUUGUUGCCGGUACUGCAUCUGAGUCUCUGUAUGGUGCUUGUGAAUCGAUGUUUAAGCCUGACAUGGAAGCCGAGGAAUUGUUUGAAACCAUUUCCCAAGCACUGUUAUCAUCUGUAGACCGCGACUGUCUCAGUGGCUGGGGUGGACAUGUCUAUGUUGUCACGCCAACAGAAGUAAAGGAAAGGAUUUUGAAGGGAAGAAUGGAUUAA